AUUAAGGGAGACUUAUUUACCUCCGAGAUCUAUAAAGUAGAAAUACAAAACCUUCCCAAAUACAUCGGGUUUAAUGAUGUGAAAAAGUUCCUUGCUAAAUACGGACUCAAUCCUCAUAAGAUAAAACUUUUUGGGAAGCAGACGUUCGCAUUCAUAACAUUUAAGAGUGAGGAGGAGAGGGACAAGGCCAUGAAAGUCCUGCAUGGGGUUUUGUGGAAGAGCCGGCACCUGAGCGUUAGGCUUGCCAAGCCAAAAGCUGACCCCAUUGCAAAAAAAAGGAAGAAAGAAGAGGAGACGGAGCAGGGAGAGGCGAAGCGUCCGGCUCCAUCCAACGCCAGUGGAGAGGAGCCUCUGAGCAAGCAAAUUGCAGAUGUUGUGACCCCUCUGUGGAACGUGCCCUACGAAGAGCAGCUGGCAAAAAAGAAGCAUGAAUGUGAACAAGUGCUGCAGAAGCUGACAAAGGAAAUAGGAAAUAACAACAGAGCUUUAUUACCGUGGUUGUUCCUGCAGAAGCAGAAGUAUAAUAAAUUAUGUUGCCCAGUAGAGGGAGUGAAAGCAUCACCAUUACAGACCGAAUAUCGCAACAAAUGUGAGUUCUUGAUUGGGAUUGGUGUAAAUCAAGAAGACAAAACUGUGGGUUGUCGUCUUGGCAAAUAAAAAGUAGUAAAAGCUUUCCAAGACUACAUAAGGUCAACUCCUUACUCAGUUUACAGCCCAGAAACCUAUGAAGGUCACUGGAAACAGCUCACAGUCCGUACCAGCAGGAGUGGCCACAUUAUGGCAAUUGUUUAUUUUAAUCCUCAGAAAUUAAGUAAAGAAGAGCUAGCUGACCUGAAAAUCUCUCUGGCAAAAUACUUCACAGAAGGGAUGGGAAAGAGCAGUGGUGUUACUUCUCUGUACUUCGUGGAGGAAGGACAAAGGAAAUCUCCCAAUCUAGAAGACUUGCCUUUGGAGCACGUGGCUGGUGAUAAGUACAUAUAUGAAGAACUCCUUGGCCUAAAAUUUAGAAUUUCUCCUCAUGCAUUUUUUCAAGUAAACACGCAAGCUGCAGAAGUUCUGUAUACCGCCAUUAGGGAGUGGGCACAACUGAGCCAAGAGAGCACUGUACUUGACAUUUGCUGUGGUACUGGAACUAUUGGGAUUUCUCUGGCAAAGAAAGUAAAGAAAGUGAUUGGAAUUGAGCUCUGCCAAGAAGCUGUGCAGGAUGCCAAAGUGAACGCCCAGAUUAAUGAACUGAAUAAUAUUGAAUUUCACUGCGGGAAGGCUGAAGAUGUUGUUCCUUCCCUAAUUAACGUAUUAGCUCCUCAGAACCUGAUCACUAUUGUAGAUCCACCACGAGCAGGGCUGCAUUCCAAGGUGAUUCUUGCCAUUAGGAGAGCUGAGCAUCUGAAGAAGCUUAUCUAUGUAUCCUGCAAUCCCAGAGCCGCAAUGAACAACUUUGUGGAUCUUUGCCGGGCCCCUUCCAACAGAGUGAAAGGAGCCUCCUUCCGUCCCGUUAAAGCAAUGGCUGUGGAUCUCUUCCCUCAGACCAGGCACUGCGAGUUACUGAUCUUCUUUGAAAGGGUCGACUACGCAAACGGCAGCUCUGCUGAAGCAACGCCUGAUGCUACUCAAGUCACAGCAGCAGGAUACAACUCUGAGACCUUGGAUGGUACCAGCCCAUCUGCCAUUGAUGUGAGCCCGGCAACUUCGGCAGCUGCAGGCGCUGCACCUGAAGAGAGGGAAUCAACUUGAGUUAACUCCCGAGAGACCCUGUCCAGAAACUACUUUUGCUUGCAAACUGCUUCAGUAACUUUGUUUCUGCAACAUCUAGGUAAUAAGUCUUUGUACAGCAGAGUAGUUGCAAAGCUUCCGAGUUACUUCAUCAUGCUCCUUUGAGUUAAAUUUCAUUAUGUACUAUUAGGCCAAAUCCUGCUUUUCUUCUCCUGCCCUCAGGGGAAAAUGUAGGUGAGUGAAGUGCCACACGUGGCGGUCUCACUCUUUAAACAGCUUUAAAUAAAGUAUUCCACAACGACAUUCAGAUACAACUGUUUGAAACCUGGGCUGUUUAUAACACCGCGCGGUCACUCCCAGGACGGCUGCUACCUGCUGACACCAGGCGGGCAGCGAGGAGGGCCCUGCAGGCUGACUGACGGCUGUACCCAAUUCGGGUCACCUUGUUACAGGGACUGGUAACACUCAGCACCUUUUUCAGCUCUGCUAGCCUGUGGGAACAGUGCCGUGUCUUUUCAAUGGGCCAGUGAAGAUCCAGCAAUCUUAAGCCUCCAGUAAAUUGCUCCCACGCCAAAUCUUCACUAGAAAGCAACAAGCUCAUGUUCUAAUAAAAAUGCUACAGUUUCCACAGUUUUAUCCUGAGACUGUGGUGUCACUGACAAUACAGUAAAGGCUUUCUGAGAUAGUUUCCUACAAUGUAUGAGUAAAGCUGAGAUGACGUCGCUCCAGGCAUACCCUCACCAGUGAAAACUUACAGCCAGAAAUUAACUGUACAGACACCAGUCGGGGCCGUCCCUCUUGGCAGGAGGAAGUAAGAGAUUUUUCAUUUUUGAUAGAGAGGCUCAUUUUCAUCUCUGACUGUUCCUAAGUCUGCUCAGCAGCUACCUUCAGUCAAGUACCUCCUACAUCACACUGAUGUCUAGAAGUUCUGUGGCCCCACUUUUUGAGCCUGUAGUAGCUUCAGAAAGGCUGACCUCAGCCUCAUGGAAAGUGUAUUAAUGGAAGAGCGAUGUCACAUGCAGUGAUUACUGAAGAACGAGAAAAGCAAUAGGACUACUACCUCAGCUUCUUCAGUGUUUGAGGCUACAACUGAAGUACUUUUGGACGCAGCGGUUAUUUCUACCAAACCACUGCCCUAGACUCAAGAGGAUCGUACCUCAGGUAGCUUCCCAGCUGCUUACCUGGAGCCCUGUGCAGCAAGUGGAAGCAGCAGUUGUGUUCCAUGCAAGCUGCAGCACAGAGAGCGGACGCUGCCUGACUGUGAGGCCCCGCACCUGAAGCUGCGUGUCCCAGGUACGUGACUGGGUGCACAGAGAAACCUGGCUGAGAUGCCGGCCUUGGCACAAGUUGCUCUCUGCUCAGGAUUGGUACUUGUGCACAGAGGCUCAGCACCUGGCGUACAUUUAACGGAUUGCAGUCCAUGCUACAGAACAGCCAAUACUACUGUGAGAAGGAAUAAUUGCUUUAAAUCUCAAGUUAUUGGCCAUGCUUCUCAUGUACAUUGAAUACGGAUGAACAACAACAAAAAAAAUCUAUUAUUACAGCACAGACUUGCUGGUACCCCUUUCCUUUCCAGUUAGGUCAGCGUGUGACAACAGGUUGUGUCAUUUUCAACUGCGACAUCAUUUAAGUAAAAACACAAAUUCCAAUUCAAGAAGUCGUCUGAAUUCAGUUUCAUUCCAAGUGAUGCCUAACCACGUAAACAUUCAGUUCUGUACCAAAAAAAGUGGUAAGUACUUCCAUAACCAAUGAGCCUGUACUGAUUUAAUUUCUAUGUAAAAACACCUACAGGAAUCAAGGAAUAAAAGUUCCUUUUUCUCAAUGCGCUUAAGCUAUCGUAAUACUGAUCACACUGGAGCAUUUUAUAAUAUCAAACUUUAUUGCUCAAAACUAAUUGUCUGAAAAAUACACAUGUAGUACUCAAAGACCAAACACAUAGGAUUAUAUGAUUGUGCAGAAAAAAAAGCAAGCAGAGGCUCAGUGAAAAUGAGGCUUUAUAGUUGUACCCAUGUAGCACUGGCAUCAAGCAACUGCACCCGACACAAUCCGUACAGCAACCGCUGUCACCUACUUGGGCAGUACAAAUGAAUCCCGUUUUUUUUUUUGUUGUUGUUUUUUGUUUUUUUUUUUCCUCACUUUCCUCUCUCAGCUACCCAUCGGAAUACUGCAACCGAUCAUUUCAUUUGGUUAACAACAGCAUGGCUUCUUGCACUUCGCAUUCCUUCCCACGGAAGGGUAGGAGGCUAUCGCUUCCUGAAUUUUACUCCAGAGCCAAAGUACAGUCUACAGAAUUAGUAAGAGAAUCAUGAUGCUUUUAAAUACUUGGAUGUUACAAAUGGAUUUGUAUAAAGCCUAUCAGCAUCACAGGAAAGUGGAAGUUUACAUACAACAGUUAAGUUUAUGCAUCAUAUUCUUUCCAAACUUCUGAGUACCCAACUACUUCAUCAGUUUCGUUUAAUAAAUACGUAAGGAAAAGCUGGAUGACUGGUGUUUAAAUAGGUAGCAUCUGACUAUUCACUGGAAGUCACAGUAAGUUUUCCAUCAGUACCAUGAAGAUUUGAAUGCACACUAAUUUAAUCCUUAAGGUCAAUAUACCACACUUUUGUCAAGAAGCACAUCAUAUGCAAAGCAAAAACUGUCUAAUUCCCAAAGGGCGGAACAGUUCUUAAAAAUACACUCCAUCCCUAUAAAAAUACCCAUCCUCCUCCGGAUACAGAAGGGAUAAAUAACAAGUAUCAGUGACAAAAGCAGCAGUUGUUUUAUGCAUUCAUACAGUCAAGAUCUAAACCUUUACAGCCGAUCACCUAGAAAACACACAAGAGUUACACGACAAGUUUAGGAUACAUCUUGAAUCACACUGUAAGUGUUCAUGCAGAAGCUGACGUUAAUGCAAUGAUCUAUCCUCUAUCACAGCAGCUCGUGCUCAUGUGCAAAUGCAAGACUUACACUCCAAACAAUAGUAAACAUUAAAACACAAGAAUACUUCACAAUGACAUAAACAGCAGUUCAGUUGUUUGUUCCAGCAGUUAUUGCGCUAUUUUUCUGGACAUCUCCCCAGUUAAAGGCUGCAGCAAGGUCUAAUACCAUCUUUUUUGUUUGUUUUUGUUUAGAAUGCAUAAUAGACGUUCUAGGCUUUGGUUCUCAAUGAAAUCUCUGAAUGUUUUAAUUAAGGGCAAUGGUCACCUUAUGAUUCUGAUAGUGGCAGACUGAGGUAAUACAGCAAUCCUCUUAAAAAUAAUGGAAACAAAUUUGUAAGCGAGGCAUCUACGGAUAUUCUGCAGGCGACCUGCAAACGCGUUGACAUUCUGAUUUCAGAAAAAUAAAAAGAUCUGCACGGGUGAUUUGUCCUUUACAGUGCCAUCCAAGUACAGAUUUUUCUGCUGAAAACACAUAAGCUGAAGUAAAACCUACCUAAAAGAGUAAUACAUUUAGGCAUAGAAGAUACAAGCCCUGUCUUUAUGAAAACAAAACAAAAAAACCCCAAAAAACCAACAAAAAGAGAGACAAACAGUCAUCACUGCUUGUCACUACUGCACCAGUAUUAUAUACCCUUCAAAAGAUGGAGGUUUAUUAAAGCUAUACAAAAAAAAGCAGAGGCAGUGUUUUUUGUUUUUGUUGCUUAGAUAGGCCACUUCUUUAAAUAACAGUUUCUGUAUAGUCUUCCAACUACCCGUAUCCUGUUAGAACAGGAUUACAACUCCUGGAACUGAAAAGCUAACACAAUAAUAAAAAAGGGAGAAUUCCUAUUUGCAGAGACCUCUGAGCAUAUCACUCGAACGCGGAAACAGGCAAGACUCCAAGACUCCUCCUGUUUAACCUCAAACAUUAUAUGCAACAUGUUAGAGAACAUUGGUUUGCGAUAUAAAUUAAAAUCCACAUAUUUCCAAAAUAACAGGUGAUACUAAAAGGAGGUCUUACAAUACUGAUGCCAAUAUUGUUAAAAUCCAGUAGGCACUAAAUUCAUUAUACUGCAGCACUCUAUAUGGAACACGGUAAAAAAACCCAACCCAAACCCCAAAAACGAAACCAAAACCACGCCCUCGAGCCCCCCAGUCCCUGUCCAGGUAAGCGCCAGGAGCUGCAGCAACGGCAAAGACCCGACCCCUUUCACGCCGACGGGAGGAUGAGUGUGAAAUACAGCAGCACAGCUCUGGGGGACACCACUGAAGCCCCACCGCCGCCUUGGUUUUCACUCUCUCCUUUAAGAACAAGCCAAAGAACCCACCAAGACUGUUCCAAGAGAAGACUUACUGCCAUCACCCAGUGAAGAACCCCAGACGAAGAACGAAACCCACCACGCAGUGCUUUCACCACACCCAACACGACUUCUGUGCUUAAUUUAAGAAAGCCUCAGAUGGCAUCACGAGUACUGCCCGUUUCCUAAGAUUGUAUUUUAUAAUAGUUGCAUAUUUGUGAUUUUCUUGCUGAUCAGUAUAACCUGUUAUGGUCUCAUUCUACUCAUUCUGUCAUAUUCCAAAUCUACAUUCUAAUUUUCAUUGCAGAAGUUACACUUUUUCUUUAAAAACUAAAAAUGUAAUUAAAAAAGUAAAAACAAAGCUUCUUAAAAAACCUAAAUUGCUGCAGUUAUUUCAGGGUUGUGUUGGUUUUGGUUGGUUUUUUUAAAAAAAAAUCUUUGCUUUUAUGGUGCAAAUUAAUUAAGACUUAAUUGAUCAAGUCAGAGAUAUUCUGACUCUAAACAAAUGAGAAAUUGUUUUAUUGCUGGGAGAUGGGAGUGGAAGGUCUUUAAACACCUCAUUGGCAAAAUAUUUUCAGACUGUUAACCAUCAUCAGCUGUGUUUUGGCUCCAAGCUUUGAAAACAGCCUUUCAAAUGACAGUUUUCAUUGUAAUCAAAUAAAUAGGGCUGCAUUUCCCCCUUUCAACUGAUCUGUAAACUACCAUAGGCUCUUUUCAAUUAAAACAAACCCCAGUAAUUUUGGAUAUCCCACCUGUUGCUCUUAACACUACCAGGUAUACUUGUUCUUUUCAAGUAAUAAAAAAAUCUGCAUACUGUGAUCUUGAAUAACUAAGCCUGGCAGGAGACAAAAAACAAAACAGAACAAAAGAAACAGCAUUACUGGCCUAAUCCUAUGGCAUUAGGAACAUUGCUCAUCACGUUCACGUAUUUGUCACCAAAGUGUCUUAUCAGUGCAUAUUAUUAUGUGCUGAAAUGCAACAAAACUUUUCACAAAAAUAGUUUUAGGCAUGUUCAUACAAGAAGAUGUACAUAUAU